AGUCUUUCAAGUAUCCGUCCUGUUUUUAAGUUUGCUCAGAGCAUGCAGGUGAGCCCAUUUAGUGACCUUCUUUCACUGGCAUUGGUCUGGCCCAAGGAAUGUUGCAAUUGCCAAAUGCACGGCACCGGCAGCAUUGCCUGCUGACUCUUCAGAAGACUUCCUGUGUGAUACGGCAUGCCUGGUGAGAAAAGCUUGAGAACGGCGGACAUUAUCUACCUCCCUCCUCGCAUCUCCCCUCCCCUCCUCACAUCUGCCUUCUCACCCCUCACAUGCACAUCGCCGUCUCCUCCACUCUCAUUUUGCACUGGUCCUGAAUGCCCGCCCGCCGUGGAGUCUACGCACCCCUCGCUCGCCGUGGCCAUGUUCGGUGAGUCCUCUCAUGUCCCGUCGUUGCUGACCAAUUUGUUUUCCGGUAAUCGUGCGGCGUGUGCAUAAGUAAGCCCGACCGCACCUCCUGCCUCGGUUUCGCACCGUCUCAAACUGUAAGUGCACACAACGAUUGAUCACCUGGCUUGCGCUCACGUCUCCUGAUAUAUAGACACGUUCUCGCCGCCUGCAAUGUUUCAGCCCGUGAAUCGAGCAACGAUGAAGUAGCAGAGUCCUCGUUGAGAACGCCGGUCGCAUUCUCCC